GUCAGUCCUUAACUACUAAUUAUUCUGACAAAAUGUGAACCGAUCGAUUUUAAUUGUCUAGACGUACAUGUUCGACAAAUAUGUCACUGGAUUAAAAUUGAUGAUUUAAGUUAAUUAGAAAUAAAUAAAUCCACCUGAAUAACAUACUGCAAAGGAUAUGGAAACACUUAUUACAGCACCCAAACCAGGAUCUAGUGCUAGUUCCAAACGUGUACAGUUCUCCAGGAGCAAGACAGAGGUUGACCUGCCUAGUAAAGAUGAGUCUCAAAGACGAACAAAAUCAGCGACCAGACUUUCCUCCAGACGUUCACGUCGCUUAUUCUCGGAAUGCACAGUAACAUCAACCUUAACAGACACCGGAAGUUCACCUAGACAACAGAUGUUGCUGAGAAGAGUGCUCAAAUCACGUGACAGCAGACGAUCUAAUAAAGAAGAAGGGAAAUUCCCGUCUCCAACAACAGACUAUAGACGACUUGGUAGUGUCAGAUCGUAUGCGAGUAGUAUCAGCAUAGCUCGAAAGGAAAGGGAUGCAAAACUGAAGUUCAAGCUUAAACUAUGGACGCAUGCGCUUGUUUACUUUCAGAAGUUGCAUAAGAAAAUAAUUCGAAACAAUCAGGAAUUGGAAGCGUUUAAGAAACAAAUGGAUUAUACGGAAGGAAACUUUGUAUCAUCAGAAGAAAGCACCAUUCAUGUUGGAUUAGAUGUUGAUCGUUUCAAACCAGUUACACAGAUACGCAUGUCCAAAGAAGCAAAGAGAAUAUUAUUGAAAGAUCCCGAACAGAGGACUCUAGAAGAAAUUAAACAUGUUAGAACAGAUUUAAUGGUGACAAAAACAGAGAGCAUACAAACGUUACCAGAGGACUGUCAACUUCGACUCGCAAAAAAUGUUGGACUUGAAAGUUUGGGAGCAAAGAGAUUUAUUAUAAAAGAAGGUUACGCUGCCGAAUAUUGUUACCUUAUUAUUGUUGGUUCAGUUAUCAGAGCUUGGCUAGAUGAAGGUGCUAUACGAGCAACCAGUGAUGACAAACCAUUAAAAGAAGGUCAGAUGUUUGGCCCUUAUAUUUUCCAGGAGUCCGAGAUGAAAUCUUCAAGUCCACGAAAAGCGUCCUAUAUAUCAGCUUCCUAUACAGAAAUUUUACGGGUAUCCGCCGAGGAUUAUUAUGACAUAUUUCUGGCAGGUGAGAAAGUUGGAAAAGACGAUGUUCUACUAUUGAAACAGAUAGAAGUUUUUAAUGGAUGGGAUCUAGAGAAUAUCGCAGGAAAUAGUGAGAAAAUCAAAAGAAAAUAUUUCCCCAAUAAUUGGAUGGUAAAGGAAAACGAAAAUGAAUACAACGAUUCAGGAAUGAGAAAUAAAGCUUUAGACAGCAGGCAAUUUGAAUGGAUUUAUAUAGUUAAAUCGGGUUCAAUAACGGUUAUGACGAUUUUAGACAAAAUUAAACCAACAAUAAACCUUACCACCGGAAAUUAUUCAGAAGAAGCACAUACGGAUGGAUAUUUGGCAUUUCUGACAAAAGGAGCUGAAUAUGAAAGAUUUUCUGCAUACCAUUCUACAAAGUGUUCAUCUCGCCCUCUGUCUGCUAACAAUUCAUACACAACAAACUUUGAUGUGAAAUCUGCUCCCCUUCUUCAUCGACUUCAUCAUUUACUGCGACCAAAAUCAACCGGAAAUGAACAAAGAUUUAUCAGCACACCCGACUCACUGAAAGGGAAACACAUACCAACUUCAGCAAUUAGUUCAAAACUUGUAUCUAUACCUAAAAAGAGAAGACAAUCUUGUCACAGAAGAGACCAGUCAACACCAACACCCACACCAGAAACACAUCAGGACGAUGCAUCGCUCGCUGAAGAUCGGAUAGACAGUUGUAUCAGAGAUCCGUUUGAUUCACGGUUUGAAAAAACAUCCAGCAAUCUGACUGAUUAUGAACGUAGACUAUCAUCGAGUAGAAAAAAGCAUGUUACAAUAGAGCCAGGGGACUUUGGAAAUAAACAAACAGAAGAUGGAAUAGUGAUAUGUAAAAUAAAGACAUUGACAAAGGGGGAUGUUUUUGGUCUCGAGUAUAUUGUAUUUGAUGAAAUGGACCAGAAAAAUCAGCCUGGCUUCAUACUGAGAAGUAAUGGAAGCGAGUGUCUAAUGAUACAUAAGAAGGUUUACAAAGAUCUCACAAAAAACGACUUUGAUCUGAAAGAGAAACUCCGUAGUGUGGUUUCACCUUUUCCAGAAGAGGAUAAUUUAAAGGAAAACCUUUUAAUAAGAACCAACUGGGAGCUACAUAAAGAUAUUUUACUUGACAAUAUAAUGUCAGAAAAAGCUAGAUUGAAACCACAAAAGCAUGGACAAAAAUUUGCAUCUAUCAGAUUAAAGUGAAUAACAGAAAACAGAUGACGACAUUGACAAUAUAUUGCAACAAAUAUUUGCGCUUAGAUAGUCAGAAUCGUUGGUGUGGUUGAUACAUUUGCUACCGUCGUGAAACCUUUGAUAUACAUUAUGGAAACAUAACCUCUAAUCAAUGAUAUACAUAAUGAAAUAAUACUUAUGCAAUGGUCAUAUUUUUGGUUACACAGCUUAACGAUGGGAGUAAGAGUUUAACAAUUUGUUGUGUUUUGCUUAUCCAGUAGCAAAAGGUUGAAAUGCAUGUAUACUCAUUACGAAAAACAUUUUCAAACAAGAAUGUGUCAAUAGUACACGGAUGCCCCACUCGCACUAUAAUUGUCUAUGUUCAGCGGACCGUGAAAUUGGGGUCAAAACUUUAAUUAAUAUUAAAAAUAGAAAGAUCAUAUCAUAAGGAACAUGUGUACUAAGUUUCAAGUUGAUUGGACUUCAUCAAAAACUACCUUGACCAAACACUUUAACCUGAAGCGGAACAGACAGACGGACGGACGAACGAACGGACGGACGAACAAACGGACGCAGAGACCAGAAAACAUAAUGCCCCUACUACUGUCGUAGGUGGGGCAUACAAAUCUAAAAGGAAGGACCUUCAAGAUGAACAGACCGGCAUCGAGGGCUUGAAAUUUAGACAUCUCUUCACUAGUAUUCCUCACUCUACGUUAAGCCAACAAUCAACAAUUAAUCUUAAUUUUGAGAAAGACUAAAAAAAUUAUUCCAAUCUAAAAUUAAGCAGAUGUUGAAUGAUUGCAAUUUAGACAAUUAUCCACCAUUGACCAUGGAGCGUUGAUGUAAGCUUUGUUUGAUACAAAUGCAUUGUUUUAUUCUUCAUUCUUUGUAGAAACAAAGCGCUGAUUCAUACAAAACGUUAUUUUAAAUUACGAAAUUGUCUUAAUUAUUUUUCGUAUUUUUCCAUGUCAUUUUAUUGUUAGUUUGAUUUCAAAUAAUGAGAUUGAAUGUCCCUUUGGUAUCUUUCGCCUCUAUUUUAAACUUACAUCAUCAACUGAAGAUGCUUGAUUUUUUUCAUUACAGCAUAUUUGCUACGUUUGAAGGACUUGCUUUUUCAACAGACAUAGGUUAUUCCUAUCAGAAGUGUGCUUAUCUUCAUGUCGACUUAUUCUGUUAUUAAUAUAAGUUUGACUUCAUGCAGAAGCUUUUCAUGAAGAACGACAAGAAGCUAGAACUAUCCUUUACUUUCACUUCCGUUCCGCUAUACAUAACAUGUCGACCUCACUAAAUAAUUCAAAGUUUGGUGACUAUGUAAAACUCUAUCCGAUCGAACUUGCAAUAAAGAAUACAAAAGUAACAAUUAAAUGUGCUUCAUUUGUUGACUUAAAACAUAAAAUUGAUAUGCAAGGUCGGUAGAGAAAUCAAAUUUACGACAAAAGAGAUGAUUUAAAAUAUUCAAUUGUAAAUUUUCAAAUUCUGUGUAACAACAAUCUAGCAGCGCCUACAUAUGGAGUAUAUGAUACGCUUUCUAGAGCUUGCGUUUCGUGUAAUGAUUUCUUGAUUAAAUUUGCUGCUUACAAGGAAACUAUUGAUUUAAGGGAUGCUUCUGAUAAAAUUGAAUUCAUUCUUUGGAAAAGUUAACCGAUGCCAUCAUGAAUUGAUUGACUGUUUUGUAUUAACAUGGACCUAUAUUUUUACACACAAAGCAACCAAUACGAACGCCCCCUUUUCCACAAUAUAAAAACCUGAAGGUGUAGUAUGAUUACCAGUAAGACUAACAAGUUUUACUACCUGAUGGGAGUACAGAUGACUAUAUAUAUAUACCCUAGUCAACCCUAUGGGUAUGAUACUUCUUGACAAUGGGUUAUAUUGAAACAUCUUGCGAUCUAAUCACACAAUGGCGAAAAGCAUUCUAACAAGGCUAGAAAUAUAGAUUUAUAGUCAAUAUAGGAGUAGAAACAGUUUGUCUUUCCAAAGCACAUUAUAGUUUAUCUCUAGUAGGUUCGUGUAGCACAAUCUUAAGUUUUCUGCACUAUUGUUCGUCUCGUCUUCGUUUUUCCUUUUAGUCAAGAUAUUGUCUCUUCUUCAACUGAUGCUUUUUUAUUAAAUCUUGGUAUAUU